AUGGCAACCUGUAUGCACAGAAUGCAUAAUGCAUAUACCAAUUUUAGUGCAUUUUCUGGAAAUGUUUUUUCUGAAAACAUAUCUGGAAAAUGUUUAUCUUUGGGAAGUAGUACUCCAUCGUUUAAAACUAAUGGAGUGCAAUUAGGGAAGCAGCCACUAAUAAUGUCUGCUUCCCUAAUUGCACCAUCUAUGGUGAAGAAAGUCGUGGCUACAGGUUCGAGAUUGGCUCGUGGUUGGAGAGAGAUACAAGGGAUGAACAACUGGGAAAACCUAGUGGAACCCUUGGAUUCUCUUCUCCGGGAGGAGAUUAUUCGGUAUGGAGAGUUCGUUGAUGCAUGUUACAAGGCUUUCGAGCUUGAUCCCAACUCGAAAAGAUACUUGAAUUGCAAGUAUGGGAAGAGGAAUCUCCUGAAUGAAGCUGGAUUGGAAAACUCUGGCUAUGAGGUAACGAAAUACAUUUAUGCUACUCCUGACAUUAAUGUUCCCAUCCAAAACAGCCCCAGUUGCGGUAGAUGGGUAGGAUAUGUUGCAGUAUCCAGUGAUCAUGAAAGUGCUAAGCUGGGAAGAAGAGAUUUGCUGAUCACAUUUCGCGGUACAGUUACUAAUCCCGAAUGGAUAGCGAAUCUGAUGAGCUCAUUGACAGAAGCACGUCUUGAUCCUCAUAAUCCUCGGCCUGAGGUGAAAGUGGAAUCUGGAUUUCUAAGUUUGUAUACUGCAGAUGAAAGCCAAAGCAAAUUCGGGCUCCCCAGUUGCCGGGAGCAGCUUCUUUCGGAGGUUUCUAGGGUACUGAAUAAGUACCAAGGAGAGGAAAUGAGCAUCACCAUUGCUGGACAUAGCAUGGGGAGCUCGCUUGCUCUUCUACUUGCAUAUGACAUUUCUGAGCUUGGAUUGAACAAGGUAGUUUCGACUAAUGAUCAUGUACCAGUUACGGUUUUUUCGUUUGGAGGGCCUAGAGUUGGGAACUCCGGCUUCAAAGAACGUUGUGAGGAGCUAGGAGUGAAGGUUUUGAGGAUUGUGAAUGUUAAUGAUCCAAUCACGAAGCUUCCAGGGGUUUUUUUCAAUGAGAGUUUGAAGGUUUUGGCCGAGAGGUACGAUCUUCCUUGGAGCUGCUCGUGCUAUGCUCAUGUGGGAGUUGAAUUGCUGCUUGAUUUCUUCAAGAUGCAUAACCCUUCUUGUGUUCAUGAUCUAGAAACAUAUAUCAACUUGCUAAAACGUCCCAACAAUUUGGAGAUUCAAAGGGAAGGUUUCAAUUUUGUACAGAAAGCAAAGAAGAUGGCUUUGAGUGCUCCAAAGUUCAAGGGCUUAUCUUGGAGAAACGCAGGCAUCAAUAUGGCCGGACUAGUUCAAUCACAAAGGACGUGA